GGGCGGAAGUGCGGGUUCGGCAGCCCCGUCCCAGCCGUCAAGGAAGCCACGGCGGGCCGCCCGGCGGGAAGCAGCUGCCGAGCCGUAGCCAGACCUCAGCCAGCGGGGCCCGGGCGCCGGCGAGAUGCCUCUGUUCAACACCAACCCAUUCGAGCAAGACGUGGAAAAGGCCACAAAUGAGUACAACACCACAGAAGAUUGGAGUCUUAUUAUGGACAUAUGUGACAAAGUUGGAAGCACUCCUAAUGGAGCAAAGGAUUGCCUAAAAGCCAUAAUGAAAAGGGUAAAUCAUAAGGUUCCUCAUGUUGCUCUACAGGCGCUAACUCUUCUUGGGGCUUGUGUGGCAAACUGUGGAAAGAUAUUUCAUUUAGAAGUAUGUUCCCGUGAUUUUGCAACAGAAGUACGUGCUGUGAUAAAAAAUAAGGCUCAUCCUAAAGUAUGUGAAAAGCUGAAGUCUUUAAUGGUGGAUUGGUCAGAAGAAUUUCAGAAGGACCCUCAGUUUAGUCUAAUAUCUGCAACUAUUAAAUCUAUGAAAGAAGAAGGAAUUACUUUUCCUCCAGCAGGUUCUCAAACUAUAUCAGCCACUGCCAAGAAUGGUACGUCAUCAAGCAAAAACAAAGAAGAUGAAGACAUAGCUAAAGCUAUUGAAUUAUCAUUGCAAGAGCAGAAACAACAGUACACAGAGACAAAAUCUUUAUAUCCAACUGCAGAAAUUCCAUUAAAUAAUAAGACUGCACGGAUUGUGAGAGCUUUAUAUGAUUUUGAAGCUGUUGAGGACAAUGAGCUCACCUUUAAACGUGGCGAAAUUAUUAUUGUUUUGGAUGACAGCGAUGCCAAUUGGUGGAAAGGAGAGAAUCACAGAGGAACAGGGCUUUUCCCAUCUAAUUUUGUAACAGCUAAUUUGUACCUCGAGACAGAGGCAGCACCUGUGGACAAAUUGAAUGUAAUUGAUGAUGAUGAUGAUGAUGAUGAUGAUGAUGAAACUGAGGAUUCAGAGGCUGAGUCCAUUUAUAUAGAUGAGGAUAAAAUGGAUAGAGCCCUACAAGUACUUCAGAGUAUAGAUCCAACAGAUUCGAGGCCAGACUCUGAAGACCUUUUGGAGUUAGAAGAUAUCUGCCAACAGAUGGGCCCAAUAAUAGAUGAAAAACUCGAAGAGAUUGAUAGGAAGCAUUCCGAACUGUCUGAGUUGAAUGUAAAAGUUUUAGAAGCCCUAGAACUAUAUAACAAGUUGAUGAACGAAACCCCAGUCUAUUCUGUUUAUUCAAAGCUUCAUCCUUCGGCACAUUACCCAUCUGUGUCAGCGGGGGUUCCAGUGCAGGCAUAUCCAGUUCAAUCACAUGGUGGAAACUAUAUGGGUCAAAGCACUCACCAAGUAAGCUAUGGCCUAGGACCAGACCAUAUUGGUUCACUAAGAUCCCUUCCUCCAAAUGUAAAUUCUUCAGUAACAAUCCAUCCUGCUCCAACUCCAUAUUUAAGCACUGGACAAGACACUGUUUCCAAUCCUGCUUACCUGAGCCUGAACUCUAAUCUUCAAUCAGUUACUGGUACAGCUGCAUACGCACAGCAGAUGGGGAUGUCUGUGGACAUGUCAUCUUACCAGAACACUGCUUCUAAUUUGCCACAGCUAGCAGGCUAUCCAGUGGCCGUGCCUGCUCAUUCAGUUGCACAACAACCCACAAGUUAUCAUCAGCAACCUCUCCUUUAGAGAUACAAAAGCAUCUUCUUAGAAGUCUUCUUCAUGUGGGUAUUCACUCAGUCCUCAUAGGUCUAAUCUGAAAAUAUCAUAAAAGCUGUUUUCCUCUCAACUCAAAAGGACCAUGAAUAAAUAAAGCACAAAAACCUGUCUUACUCUGAAGGCUAUAAAAGGUUUUGGUUUUUAAAUCCAGUUUAUUCAAAGUCAGCCUGUUUAAGAGGCAGUUUAAAGAUGCUUCCAUGGGCUGGGAGCCUGGCUUAAAGAGAGGGCCUAUCUAGCAAGCAAGAGGCCCUGAGUCCCACCAUAAUUAAAAAGAAAAAAGAUAUGCCUCCAGGUAGCUUUGUUUUCUUUACAAAUCUCAAUAUAAAUCAGGACACUAAAUACUAUGAGAGGAAAGUAAAAUUUUUACUUUGAAGAGACCAUUGUUUUCCUCUAAAAUGUGGUUUUAAGAAUACUAAAGACCUUUAAAUUUUUUUUUGUCUGAAUAUUUUUUUCAGUUUCUCUCACACUAUUAUCUUAAAAGGCAAGCAUCUUUUUGCACUUAGCUUGCCAACAUACUUCCUUUUGGUUUCUUAAAUUGCAGUUGUGUUUGCUGUCCUGUCAGUUUUGCUCCCAGUGUUAGGUUGAGUAAUAAUUAGCAUAUAAUUGUCUACAGAAUCAAGAGCAAUUUGGAAGGAACAAAAAUGUUUCAUGUUUUCAACAGCGAAAACCAUGUAUAUGCAGAUGUGUGAUAAAGCUUUUUGCCAGCGAUGUCCUUAACAACAGUGCCAACAGUGGGCUAAGGAAUGUCCCACAAAACAUUCCUAGUCCCUGAGAAAAAAAAUGUUUCCUUUUCUAUAAAGGUCCCCGGUAUUUAGAAUUGCCACUAAUGACCUUUUCAAGUGACUUUGGCCAUUAUCUAAUGAAGAUACAGUCCAUUUGUUUUCUUUCCUGCAUGGGCAGAGAUGCUGCAUUUCCUUUCUAGGGAUUAUAUGUGAAUUUGAGCCUGGAAACAUUCCUAAUAAUGAGAUGGCAUACAAACCAAGAAUGAAUAAGUGUUACUGGUGCGUUAUUUUAUUUUUUAAAGAAGGAUUCAAAACCUUUACUAAGCUGUCAUCGUGUCAAGUUAUUAUUAAGAAAUUUGUCCGUUCCUUUCAGAAAUAAUUCUGUGCUUUUGGAGUCAUAGCAGGUUAUGAUUUAGUAGAAAAUAAUGGACUGUAAGAAAAUGGUCAAGGCAAUCUUUUCUGAAGCCCAUGUGUUUUACAUUAGUUUAUAGCAUUACUAGAUUCCAUAUACUGUAGAGGUUGGUAGUAAACUUUCUCCAAAAAUUUGCACACUACUUUAUCCUACCAACUUUUUUACAUAACUCAAAAUAAAAAAAUACAUAUUUAGAUUGGGAAAAAUAAUAAGCAUAGUUUGAUUUUUUUAAAAAAAGUUAUACUUUUUGCAUGGGUGGAAAGUUUGUACAUUUGUUUUUUAAAAGAAAGCACUCUUUCUACUAAGAAUCCAUUUAAAGGUAGUUCUGAAAAUGUUGUCAUUUAUUUAUGCAUAUUUGGUUACAAGUAUGUUCCUUUUUCAAAGAAACUUUAUUCCAAAACAAAAUAGCUGUAUAUAGUAUUUGAUGUACAUGUAAAGGGAAAGCAAGCAGUAUUUCCAAGCCUAGUUUCUGUCUUAUUUUCAGAUCAAGUAACUGAAAAGGAAGUUUUAACUUCUAACAUGUUCUGUUUUUCCUCCUUCCAUGUGAAUUCAGUUAUGUAUAAUUUUUUUUCCAAAAUGGCACCUUACUUUUUUGAAAACAGAUCUUCUGUUCUUU